UCUCAAUCACCAAGCACUCCCACCCACUCCAUCCAAAGGCGAAGCGCGACGCAUCGCAAAACCGCCCGCAACCAUCGACAACCAUCGAAAACCACCAAGCAAACUUGUUUGCACGCGAUUUUGCCGCGGCUUUCGUGCAGCCUCGCGCCAAAUCACCCCCGAUCUGGCCAGCUUCUGCCAUUUUUUCAUUUCGCCUGCCAGCCUUUUUCCCUUCUGCCCUUGCUGCUGCGCAUCCCAUCCCACCCCACCGCAACCGCAUCCGCAUCCGCGCCCACCAAGCAUUUCCGUCACUCACUGCUCGGUCGCAUCGCAUCGCAACCAAAACCGGCCCCAAAAUACCGCCCACCGGCAGCCCCGAGACCCGAUUACGCUAUACGGCCACCUUUGUCAACGCGACGCGGCCCUUUUGUGCAUCCCAGCCUCGACUGCACCGCGCGCCCUCCUGGCCCCUCCAGCUCGAGACCGCACAACCACCACACACGCCCGUCGGCCCCCCGUCUCGACGCGCCCCGGCCUAUUCCUGAUCCUAUCAGCUACACUUGGUGGUCUUUCCUUCACCUCGCCGUGCUUCUGUUGAAAUUCUUUGUCAGACCUAGCGCGUUGCUUGCCAGAUAUGCACUCAACAUAAUACUUGGUCCUCGUGGCAAGACAUUCUUCUCAAUACUUUGAGACCGACCCUCUCUGACCCGGAACCAUGGCUUCCGUGCAGCCUGCGGCGGCCCCGGGGCAUUUCCCGGGUUCCAGCCUCCCGGCUAACUUGACGCAGCAGCAGGUCAAGGAUAUGUACGACCGGUUUAAGCAACUCAAGGCGAACAACACUCCUGCCAAUGACCCAGAGCUCAUACAGACCCAGUCAUUUCUGAUGGCACUGCAGCAACAGCAGCAGAUGAGGAAGCAGCAGGCACAAAUGCUACAGAAAAAGCAGCAGGCGCAGCAACAAGCCGCGGCUACUAAUGGAGGUGUGGUUGGCGGCAUGGCCGGACAGAACAAUGGGCAGCCUGGUGUGCAGACGUCCCAGGCGCCCGGGUCGAACCUGGGUGCUUCCGCUCUCCCAUCCGCCUCCGGCGACGCCCAAGCUGCGGUUGCCGCAUCCCCCGUUGGCCAACCCCCUGGGCAAUUCACCCCGGCUCAUCUGACCCUCUUGAGAAAUCAAAUCCAGGCAUUCAAGAUGCUGUCCAAGAAUGCCGGCGUGUCCCUGAAGCUGCAACAGUCAAUCUUCCAGUCUCGGCAGCGGAGGCCCGCGGCUGUCGCUCUGCAGUCCUCUGCCACGCCUGUGUCUCAGGGCCCCAGGUCAGAAACUCCAAGCAAAGCUGGGCCAAACGGCGUCGAAGCUCCUCAGCAGCCCGACGAGGCUGCCGAUGCAGCUCCAAAAGAGCCCAAAUUUAAGAGUCUAAAGCUCCCCGAGAAGAUGCUCAACAAGACAGUUGGCCUCUUCGAACACGCACGGCACGAUAACCGGCUGUUCAUCCCUGGUCUGUUCCCUCAUGGCAUCGAUUUUGAUCAAUUAAGGGCAGACCGUGAGAAGAUUGUAUUCAACAGGAUGAGCACUCGAUAUAACGAGCUGAAGAACCAGCCGGGCAACCUGGCCCAUUGGGAUACGUCCAAAGACACACUUGCUGUUGAUGAUACGCUGAGACGCAAGGCAAUCAUCGAGAUGAAGUCGAUUGCACUUUACUCAAAACAGAGGGCGCUGCGCGACAGGAUCGGUCGGCAAAUGAUGUGCUAUGACAAUUUGGCCAUGACGACGAACCGCAGUAUGUACCGACGCCUCAAGAAGCAGAACGUGCGGGAGGCACGCAUCACCGAGAAGCUCGAGAAGCAGCAGCGGGACGCCAGGGAGAACCGCGAGAAGAAGAAGCACAUUGACUACCUGCACGCUGUUUUCAACCACCGGAACGAGAUCCAAGUAACGGCCCAGGGCCAGCAAAACAGAAUGCACAAGAUGGGCAAACUCAUGUACAACCACCACUUCAACAUCGAGAAGGAAGAGCAGAAGCGUAUCGAGCGAAAUGCCAAGCAGCGUCUGCAAGCGCUCAAGGCCAACGAUGAAGAGGCGUACCUCAAGCUCCUCGACCAGGCCAAGGACACACGUAUCACACAUCUCCUGCGCCAGACUGAUGGCUUCUUGCAUCAGCUCGCCUCUUCGGUUAAGGCCCAGCAGCGAGCUGCAGCAGAGCGCUACGGUGGCGACAUCGUCCAGGAGGAGGAGAGCGAGGAGGAAGAUGAGGAAGACGAGGACACUGGUGGCCGCAAGAUCGACUACUAUGCUGUUGCCCAUCGCAUCAAGGAGGAGGUGACGGAGCAGGCAGACAUCCUGGUCGGCGGCAAGCUGAAGGAGUACCAGAUCAAGGGUCUCCAGUGGAUGAUCUCGCUCUACAACAACAACCUCAACGGUAUCCUCGCCGAUGAAAUGGGUCUCGGCAAGACCAUCCAGACAAUCAGUCUCAUCACCUACCUCAUUGAGAGGAAGCAGCAGAUGGGUCCUUACCUUGUCAUUGUCCCUCUGAGCACGUUGACGAACUGGAACCUUGAAUUUGACAAGUGGGCCCCGUCCGUCUCCAAAGUCGUGUACAAGGGCCCGCCGAACACCCGUAAGGUGCAGCAGGACAAGAUUCGGCAGGGUAGAUUCCAGGUCCUGCUCACCACGUACGAGUACAUCAUCAAGGACCGCAAUAUCCUCAGCAAGAUCAAGUGGUUCCACAUGAUUAUCGACGAAGGUCACCGCAUGAAGAACUCCAACUCGAAAUUGAGCGCCACCAUCCAACAGUACUACUCGACCCGGUUCCGUCUGAUUCUGACAGGUACCCCCUUGCAGAACAACCUGUCUGAACUGUGGGCGAUGCUCAACUUCACGCUGCCCAAUAUUUUCAAGUCUGCCAAGACCUUUGACGAGUGGUUCAAUACCCCCUUUGCGAAUACGGGAGGACAGGACAAGAUGGAGCUGACGGAAGAAGAGCAAAUCCUCGUCAUUCGUCGCCUGCACAAGGUUCUGCGUCCGUUCUUGCUUCGUCGUCUGAAGAAGGAUGUCGAGAAGGACCUGCCCGACAAGACCGAAAAGGUCAUCAAGUGCAGAUUCUCGGCAUUGCAGUCCCGCCUCUACAAACAAAUGGUCACUCACAACAAGAUUGCCGUUAGCGACGGCAAGGGCGGCAAGGGCUCUGCGAAGGGUCUCAGCAACAUGAUCAUGCAGCUCCGAAAGCUUUGCAACCAUCCGUUCGUCUUUGACGAGGUCGAGAACCAGAUGAACCCUGCCAGCGUCAGCAACGAUCUUUUGUGGAGAUCCGCUGGAAAAUUCGAACUCCUGGAUCGUGUGCUGCCCAAGUAUCAGGCAACAGGGCACCGUGUACUGAUGUUCUUCCAAAUGACGGCAAUCAUGGACAUCAUGGAGGAUUUCCUCCGUCUGCGUGGCAUCACCUACCUUCGCCUGGACGGUACGACCAAGUCAGACGAGCGAUCCGAGCUGCUCCACGAGUUCAACCGGCCCGACUCCCCCUACUUCAUGUUCUUGCUUUCCACGCGUGCAGGUGGUCUCGGUCUCAACCUCCAGACGGCAGACACGGUCAUCAUCUACGAUUCUGAUUGGAACCCUCAUCAGGAUUUGCAGGCCCAGGAUCGUGCUCAUCGUAUCGGGCAGAAGAACGAGGUCCGCAUUCUUCGUCUCAUCAGCUCUAGUUCAGUAGAGGAGAAGAUUCUUGAGCGGGCGAGGUUCAAGCUCGACAUGGACGGCAAGGUUAUUCAGGCCGGUCGUUUCGACAACAAGUCCUCCGAGACAGAUCGUGACGCGAUGCUCCGGACACUGCUUGAAUCCGCAGACUUGGCUGAGAGCGGUGAGCAAGAGGAGAUGGACGAUGAGGAGUUGAAUAUGAUACUUGCUCGCAGUGACGAUGAGCUCGUGAGGUUCCAACAGCUCGAUGAAGUCAGGUCGAAGGAUGCCCUCUAUGGCACUGCCCCGGGCUGUAAGGGAGUACCUCGUCUUAUGACGGAAGCUGAGCUCCCAGACAUCUAUCUCAACGAAGACAACCCGGACGCCCCUGAGGAGACGGAGAUCUCGCUCGGCCGUGGUGCUCGUGAGAGGACCAAGGUUCGAUACGAUGAUGGCUUGACUGAAGAGCAGUGGCUUCUAGCUGUUGAUGACGACGAGGACAGCCCUGAGGCAGCCGCGGCCAGAAAACAGGCUCGCAAGGAACGGCGCGAGGCUAACCGCCUCAAGCGGCUGUCAACCGUCAACGGCUCCGAGGGAUCUCCGGCAGCUAGUCGUGCUAGUUCCGAGGAGCCAGAGCCAGAAGUGGAGACGCCAGUCAAGAAGCGAGGCCGCAAGCCCGGCGGCAAGAAUGAGAAACGGAAAGCUGAAGACGGCGAGGACGACCCCCCACCAGCCAAGAAGCGACGCGGUCCUCAAGGGCGGCCAAAGUCCUUGGGUGCUGCCAACGGGGCAGAUGUCAAGGUCAACCCUCAGCAACGGCAGGUACUGCAGCGGAGCUUGCGCCAUCUCUACGACAGCCUGAUGAAACUCGAGGUCGACGACCCGGACCCGGAGCCCGAUGAGGACGAUAAGGACGACGAGGACGACGGGCCACCAAAGCGUCUGAUCAUCGGUCCUUUCAUCAAGCUCCCUCCCAAGAGGGACUGGGCAGACUACUACGUCAUCAUUCAGAACCCAAUCGCCAUGACGCAGAUCGAGAAGAAGAUCAAGAAGGAAGAGUACAAGAGCCUGGGCGAUUUCCGCAAGGAUGUCGAGCUCAUGUGCAGCAACUGCAGGCUGUUCAAUGACGACGGCAGCCUGAUCCACACGGACGCCACGACGAUUGAAACGUACUUCCUGGAAGAGUACCAGAAGCAGCUGCAAGAGCACCCCGAGCUCAAUGAGCUGGAGGACACCUCGUCGCAGAAGGACACCUCAGCUGCACCGACCACGAACAGCACGCCGCAGCCGAGGAUCAAGCUGACCAACAACUCAGCAAGCAACACGAACGGAGCCAGCAGCGCUGCACGGAGUGAAGAGGGCGAUGAGUAAUGGCAUUGACCCAGGCGGCGGGCAUGCGACAUGACAGUCAAAGAUGCGUUCAAGUCUGGGGAUUUGGAGUUUUGCCAGGGGUGAUGGGCGGGUUCUCUUCUAUGGGGCACUGACUGCAUUUUGAUUCAUGAGGCGUACGGACGAGUAUGAAAGGGAAAUACCAAGAAGGAGGGAAGCCAACUGUAAAUAGAUCAUCUGCGCCAAGGCGGCCCGACCUGCUUGUUUUACUGCGGGCAGCAGUGGUGGUGGUGGUGGUGGGUGAGACCGAGGUAUAUCCUAUCCAUUCACCUAUUCAGCCACCUGCCUGCUUCUUUUCGCCACGGGGCCCGCUUCCAGCGUAGAUUAUUGCAUUGUAAUUCUACUCUAUAUGAAAUAGA